AACAGAUGACAACCCACUUCCUAGCCUGUGUCAAACUUUAGUUGGAAUUCAAUUACUACUUUUUUGUUUUUAGUUUACAAUAAUAUUUUCAUUGAGGUCAUGUAUGAAAUUUACUAACUUCUUGUCUUCACAUAUUAUAUAUGUUUCAAGAUUUAUAGAAUUACAAAUUUCAAAAGUGCAGAAUUCACUGAACACUGAUGGCCAGGGGCAGUUCCAAUUGGUACUUUCCUGACCUCAGAUAAUUUAACAGAUCAUCCAACUUGAUCUGGCGUCGAAAAGUUGGACGAUCUCGGAUGUGAUCUAAGGCAAGGAAGGAGAUGGUUUUGUUAAUUCAAUAAUUUGAAACAUCAAUAAUGGAGAACCAUGAUAACAAUGAAGACCAGGGAUCAACAUUUUGGAAGAAAAGCACUAAACCGGUGCCUGGAAGGCCAAGUCCUAGAAAAGAAGUAAGGAGCAACUCCCAGCAAAAUUCAAGUUCUACAUCAUUCCAGGACUUCCAAGACAGUGUCAGUGAUGCGUGGGAUAUCGGAGAUGAUGAAUUCUGUAAUAUAUUAGAUGUUAAGAUUUCGAAGCAAGUGGUACACUCCACAGCUCUGAGUGUGAUCAACAGCCAUCGCAACAAAAGUGCACUGCAGUCGGCGGAGCAAGCAGCACUGCCGGCAACGCAGCCUGCAGCCCAGGCUCAGCCACCAUCACACACUCAGAACGCUGUCAAAUCAGUUCCAGAGUUGAGUCAAGGAGACUACACGGUUCACAACUCUCCCAAGACAGUAACCAACAACAGCCAUCGCUCUCUCACAAAACUGCAAAAUGCUGUUGGGGUGGACAGUGAGACGACUGUGAGCAAGUUGGCCAAGUUCCGAGCUUUGCUGGAAACUACUUUACUCAAUCUGGAUGACCUGCGGCACCUCAGCUGGUCAGGAAUACCUGUGGAGGUGCGACCCGUCGCGUGGAGGCUGUUAGCUGGAUAUCUGCCGGCAAGCCUGGAACGUAGACAAGCUGUGAUGGAAAGAAAAAGACUUGAUUACUGGAACCUUGUGAAGCAGUAUUUCGAUACUGAGAGGGAUGAAACGUACCAGGAUACUUACAGACAGAUUCACAUUGAUAUUCCCCGCAUGAGCCCGCUGAUAGCACUCUUCCAGCAAAAGACUGUCCAGGAAAUGUUCGAGCGGAUUUUGUUCAUCUGGGCGAUACGCCACCCUGCUUCCGGCUACGUCCAGGGCAUCAAUGACUUAGUUACUCCUUUCUACGUUGUCUUCCUUCAAGAGUUUCUUCCAGCUGGUGGAGAUCUGGAUACUUUAGAAGUCGGAUCACUUCCAAAAGAACAUCAAGAUAUAAUCGAAGCAGAUUCCUUUUGGUGCCUUUCAAAAUUCCUCGACGGAAUCCAGGAUAACUACAUAUUUGCCCAGCUUGGUAUACAACACAAAGUAAAACAGUUAAAAGAGCUCAUCCAAAGGAUAGACGGCACAUUACAUAAGCACUUACAAAGACAUGGGAUAGAUUAUCUGCAGUUCUCGUUUCGGUGGAUGAACAAUCUCUUGACUCGUGAGAUCCCCUUGCGCUGCUCCAUCCGACUCUGGGACACGUACUUGGCCGAGUCGGACAGCUUCGCAUCGUUCCAGCUCUAUGUGUGUGCUGCCUUCCUGCUGCAUUGGCGUCAAGAGCUCCUCCUCGAGCGGGACUUUCAGGGCCUGAUGUUAAUGUUACAAAAUCUUCCAACUCAGAAUUGGACGGACUCGGAUAUCGGUGUGCUGGUAGCGGAAGCUUACAGACUCAAGUUCACUUUCGCAGAUGCACCGAAUCACCUACAGAGUAAUGAUCACAGAUGACCAAAAUUGUAAAGUUCCUCUUUAACAUAAUAUAUCUUAAAAUAUCAAGUGUUCAUGUUUUGGCACAAUGUAAAUUUAAAAAAACGUUUUAACUGUGUAUUUUUCAAUCAGUGUUAAAGAGAACUCUUAUAAAAAUGUAAAUUACCAAAACAAAAUUCUUUGAUGUGUUUAACAUAAUGACAUUUGUACAUAAUAAGUAAUCCAAACCAUGGUUUAUAAUACUAAUAUUUAUUGAUUACUCUGACAAAUAUCUAAAAAUUUUUUGACUUUAAGACGUAAAGAAAGUUUGUUUGUCCGAACAUGUUAAUUUAUAAAAAUUAAACAAUAAUGCUAUUUUACAAA